UUGAAAAGAUUGGAAAUGUGUUGUUUUUCAGGUUAGUGUAUAUAAUACUUUGCAUAAAAGAGAGAGACCCACUUACUAUAUCUUUUUAUCAAAUUUGGUGUAGAGAGAGAGAGAGAGAGAGAGAGAGGGCAAAGCUGAGUUGCCUUUGAUACUGGUGCAUUCGUCCUGCUUGUCAGCACAUGCAUUCCACUUUCCACUACAAAAUCGACUUUGGACCCCAAAUUUUACCUCACUUACAAGAAAAGCACAGCCCACCUCCCAUAAAUUUCAAACCUUCUCUCUCCAGCCAAAUCAUAAUCACAAACUAGCUAAGAAACAAACAAUUGCUUCAUAUCAAACUUCUCUGCAUAACAUAGACAACCUAUAGGUGGAUUGAAACCUACCCAUCACUAAAAAACUCCAUCCCACUCUUUCUCUCUCUCUUUCUCUCGCCCUGAAGCUUCCUAAACCUCUCUCUCUCUCUCUCUCUCUCUUUUUCCUUUGUUUCCCUACCAUAAACCCAUGAAAAAAACAUCUAUACAACUUGUUUCUUGAAGCCUUUUUAAGCUUCUUGUCGCUGCUAGCUGUUCCAAAGAGAGAGAUCAGUUGAAGAUGAGAUCAGGAGGCUACACUCUUCAACAAACUCUGACUGCAGAGGCCGCAAGAAUAGUAAACCAAGCCAUAACCCUCGCAAAGCGUCGCGGCCAUGCUCAGGUGACUCCUCUCCACGUGGCAAACACCAUGCUUGCAGCUUCCACUGGUUUGUUGCGCACGGCUUGCCUUCAAUCCCACUCUCACCCUCUCCAGUGCAAAGCCCUAGAGCUCUGCUUCAAUGUUGCGCUCAACCGCCUCCCAGCCUCCAAUUCUAGCCCCAUGCUUGCCACUCACGGCUCCCAACAACACCAUCCUUCCAUCUCCAACGCCUUGGUUGCCGCUUUCAAGCGCGCGCAGGCUCAUCAGCGACGCGGGUCUAUUGAGAAUCAGCAGCAGCCUCUCUUAGCCGUGAAAAUAGAGUUAGAGCAGCUCAUAAUAUCCAUCUUAGAUGAUCCUAGCGUUAGCAGAGUGAUGAGAGAGGCUGGUUUCUCUAGCACCCAAGUGAAAAGCAAUGUCGAACAAGCUGUAUCUUUAGAAUUAUGUAAUAUUUCUCAACCUCCUUCUCUAAAUACCAAGUCUAAGGAAAGUAAUCAAUUAGUAGUAGGCAAACCAGUUGUAUCAUCAUCAGAUCCAGUCAGGAAUAUUGAGGAUGUUAGAAGUGUGAUAGAUAAUAUGAUGAACAAAAGAAGGAGAAGUACUGUGAUUGUAGGAGAGUGUCUUGCUAGCCUUGAUGACACUGUCAGAGGAGUGAUGGAAAAGAUUGACAAGGGAGAUGUUCCUGAAACCUUGAGAGAGGUAAAAUUUAUAACCCUCACACUUUCCUCUUUUGUGAAUCACUCUAGAGUAGAUGUUGAACAGAAACUUGGGGAGCUUAGAAGUGUUGUGAAAGGGCGUAUGAACAAAGGAGUUGUUUUGUAUUUGGGAGAUCUUAAAUGGGCAACUGACUAUAGGGCUGAGCAAGGGAGGAGGGGUUAUUAUUGUCCUGUGGAGUACAUGAUCAUGGAGCUCGGAAAAUUGGUUUGUGGGAUCGGAGAGACGGCCGGCGGGAUGUUUUGGCUCAUGGGAAUUGCUACUUUCCAAACUUACAUGAAGUGUAAAUCAUCAUCAGCUCAUCCAUCGCUGGAGACUGUUUGGGGUCUUCAUCCUCUUACAAUUCCUGCAGGCAGCUUGCGCUUGAGUCUCAUCACUGACAGUGAUCUUCAAAGUCAGUCCACAAGCAAGAAGGCUGAAAAUGGAACUAGCUGGCUACUGCUUGAAAGUGGGGAGGAGCAGCAGCAGCAGCUUCUCUGCUGCGCCGAGUGCUCGGCAAAGUUCGAUAUUGAAGCUCGAAGAUUGCAAAGCAGCAGCACUUGUAACAGUGACUCCACUACUUCAAGCCUUCCUGCAUGGCUCCAACAGUACAAAAAUGAGAGCAGAGGAGUACUCAACUCUAAGGAUCAGAACUGUGUCCCAGUCAGAGACCUUUGCAAAAAGUGGAACUCAAUUUGCAGUUCAAUCCACAAACAACCCUAUUCUUCUGAAAAGACCCUCACAUUCUCCUCUUUAUCACCGUCUUCAUCCACUACGGGUUUUUCACAGUCAUGUGGGGGGCACCACCAUUUCUGGAAUAUUUCUGAAAUUUCCAACAUCAAUAUCGUUGAACCAAGAUUGAGAAUGUACAUUAAUACAGAGGAAAAUGAUCCCAAACAACCAUUUUCAUCAAAUCCCAAUUCGGAUUCCUCCAGUGAUGUCAUGGAAACGGAUCAGUACACCCACAGGUUUAAGGAGCUUAACGCAGAAAACCUCAAAUCCCUAUGCAAUGCAUUGGAGAAAAAGGUACCCUGGCAGAAGGAUAUAAUUCCUGAAAUUGCAGAAACAAUCUUAAAAUGCAGGUCUGGCAUGGUAAGAAGAAACAACGAUGUGGCCAAAGAAGAAACCUGGUUGUUCUUUCAAGGUGUUGAUGUGGAAGCUAAAGAGAAAAUUGCUAGAGAAUUGGCUAAGCUUGUUUUUGGGAGCUCUCAAAACAGCCUUAUUUCUAUUUCCCUGAGCAGCUUUUCAUCAACAAGAGCCGAUUCAAUCGAGGAUUGCAGAAACAAAAGAUCCAGAGACGAGCAAAGUUGCAGUUACAUCGAGAGGUUCGCGGAGGCAGUGUCGAAUAAUCCUCAUAGGGUUUUCUUAGUCGAAGACGUGGAGCAAGCAGAUUACUGCUCUCAAAUGGGUUUCAAGAGAGCCAUUGAAAGAGGAAGCGUAACAAAAUCUGAUGGUGAAGAAGUUGAUCUUAGCGACGCUAUCAUCAUUUUGAGCUGCGAAAGUUUCAGCUCAAGAUCCAGAGCCUGCUCUCCUCCUACCAAGCAAAAGUCAGAUCAAGAGGAGAAGCCGACAAGUCCUAAUUGUUCUAUGUCUUUGGAUUUGAACAUUUGCAUUAACGACGACGACAGCGCCGAUGAUCAGUCAAUCGACGACAUUGGGCUUCUUGAUUCUGUCGAUAAACGGAUUAUUUUCAAAUAUCAGGAAUUAUGAAAAAAAAUGAAAAACCUUAUAUUUGGAAGAACAUGUCAUCAGGUGGCCUCGUACGUACGUACGUGUCGGUCUUGUUCUAAUUUUUAUUCUUUUCUUUUCCUUUUUUUUUUUUUUUUGGAUUUUUCUUUGUUUAAUUAACAUGUGUUUAGAUUCUGAUCGAUCAGUCAAUAUAUUCCUAGUGUUGGACAUUAUGUAAAAUUAACUACAUCAUGAUCAUGUAUAUUAAUCCAUGA